AUGGAACAAGAACACCACGGCACCAUUCCUUUCCUGGACGUCAAGAUCUCCAGGAAUCCGGAUGGCACCCUGGGACACAGCGUCUACAGGAAACCCACCCACACCGACCGCUAUCUCCACCAGCGGUCGUUCCAUCACCCCAGCAUCAAGUCAUCGGUCAACCGCACCCUAGUACAGAGAGCCUUCGAGGUCUGCGACCAAGACAAACUCAAGCGUGAACUCAAGCACAUCCAGACGUCACUACAACGGAACGGCUACAAACCCCACCGCAUCAAGAUCAGCAAACCUGACCAACGGGUCCCCUAUACCCAAGGUCCUCCCACUGUAUCUCCCUCAGUCACUCUUCCUUACAUAGGUCCAGCUUCUCAUCAUCUGCAACGCAUCCUCCGACAAGCCGGCGUCAAGGUGUACCACUCAUCUGGCAACAAGCUCCAAGGAUAG